AUGAACAAGAUCUGGUUCUAUCAACCUCUAAAUCUCAUGAAUUCUCUCAAACUACUACAGAGCCUCAAACCUCCUGCAAUCUCCACACAGUUACAGCUCUUCAAUCUCUCAGCACAGAGACUCAUUUCCACCACUGACACAGCCUCUUCUCUAUCCUGUCCCUCACAGCAGCUCAGACACUCAUUGCCCUCUCACUCAUCCUUCUUGGUUACAUCUCCCAUUUCUUCUUCAUCUGCAAGUCAACAGUCCCAGCCAUCUGAAACUCCAGAAAAUGACUUUGACAGGAUUUUGAAGAAGAUCUCAUCAGAUAACAGCAGUCAACCUCUCAGCAGAAGUCAGAGAAACAUCAACAAUCAUGCUGCCACCUUCCUCACCAGGUCAGAUCUUAGCGAUUCUUCUGAUGACUGCUUUGAUAUAACUAUCAAGGUGGAUGCGGCUGAAGAAAGUGUCCCUGAAGCCCGCCUUCAUGCAUACUGGCCAGGUGCAAGUAGAGAUGACUCGAUGGAGAUUUAUCAUGAUGAUGGAUUCACAGAAGAGUCUGUGAAUGCGCAGAUGCCUCGGCCGUUGCCAUCCGCCAACAAGGCAUCCACUGAGAAAGGUGGCGAACUGGAUUCAAUGACGGAUGGUAGUGCCGCAUUGACUCCGUGA